AUGUCCAGCACACCACCGCCACCACCAGCACCACCACUCGUCCCUACCGACCAGCCAACCGACGCCCGCGCCCGCCUCCUCGCCCACUUCACCGGCGCAACUGGCCCAGCCGCCCACGGUCAAAAAUGGGACGAGCUCUGGGCCGCAGGCUUCCGCCCCUGGGACAAGGGCUUUCCCAACCCCGCGCUCGUAGAUCUCCUUGCCGAGCGCCAGGAUCUCGUCCUUUCGCCGUCUACUAGCCAAGAAAAGAAGACGGCGACGACGACGACGAUGACGAAGAUGGAGAAGGAGGAGAAGGAGGAGAAGGAGGAGGAGAAGAAGAAGAAGAAGAAGAAGAGAGCGUUGGUCCCGGGCUGUGGAAAGGGGUACGACGUGCUGCUUCUGAGCGCGUUUGGGUACGAUGCCUACGGCUUGGAGAUUUCCGGCACCGCGCUGGAGGAGGCGAGGAGGUGGGAGGGGGAGGUGGCUGGGAAGGACGUGUAUGCUACGAGGGAGGGCGUGGAGAAGGGGGAUGUUACGUGGUUGGCGGGGGACUUCUUUGAGGAUGCGUUUUUGGAGGGUGUGGAAGGGGAGGGGAAGUUUGAUCUGAUUUACGAUUACACGUUCUUAUCUGCUCUCCCGCCAACGAUGAGACCCGCUUGGUCUAAACGCUUUGUUGAGCUCCUAGCUCCCGAGGGCAGAGUUGUAUGCGUGGAAUUUCCUACGUACAAACCGCCUUCUUCUGGGGGUCCGCCUUGGGCGUUGCCGCCGAAGGUUUACCUGGCUCAUUUGUCGAGACCGGGAGAGGAACUCAAGUAUGAAGAGGAUGGAGACCUCGUGGAGUCGAAGCUUGGAGAGCCGAAGAAGAAUGGCUUAGUGAGAAUGGCGCAUUUCCAGCCCAAAAGAACGCAUCAGAUUGGGUACGAUGCGGAAGGCAAAGUGACGGACUGGGUCAGCGUGUGGACGCAUCCAAGCUGA